CCAGGAAGUGACGUCGCCGCUCCGUCAGAGUGUGUUGAUGUUUUGUGGACGGGCGGCUGGAGAACCAGAGGAUCCGCGUCUUGUUUUUGUUCAACAGAACCGUCGAGCAGCAGCGGAGCCGCGCUCCCCGUGGUGCGACGCGGGCCGAGCCGGAGCAGAGCAGCCCGCAGACCCGCAGCCCGCACCCCGGAGACCCGCACAGCCCGCACAGACCCGCACAGACCCGCACCACCCCGCAGCUCCCCAUGACGAUCCUCCCCAAGAAGAAGCCCGGCUCCGGGGUCGUGUCGGACCACGCCGAUGACAGCGACCGUCGCAGCGGCUCGGACCCGCACCAGCACCCGCACGCGGGCCGCCCCGGAGCGCGGCCGCGCGCGUCGCCCCCCUGGUCCUACCAGCCCGCCGCGUCCUCCAGAGACGAGCGGCGGAGCGGCGAGGCCGCGCGGCCGCAGCAGGCCUCCCCGACGCCCGGCGGCUCCGCGUCCCCGGGGGGGCCCGGGGGACGUGAGGGACGCGAGGGACGUGCGGGACGCGCGGGAGGCGCGGGACGGCGGCGGGCUGGGGGCGGGGCCGCGCGGGGAGCUGGCGGCGGCGGUGGCCGGGGUCGCGGGCUGCGGCGGCGGCAGCUGCUGCUCCGGGCCCGGACUCAGCAAGCGGCGGCGGCAGACAGGCAGCUGCUCCGGAGGAGCGGCGGCAGCGCUGGCCGGAGGAGGGCAGCCAGGACAGCCCGGAGGAUCCGCACAGGACGCCGAGGAGGGAGCCGGAAACAACAGCGAGGACGAGUACGAGAACGCGGCCCGGCUGCAGAGCGUCGACCCGGCCACCGUGGAGCAGCAGGAGCACUGGUUUGAAAAAGCUCUGAGGGAAAAGAAAGGCUUCGUCAUCAAGAAGAUGAAGGAGGACGGAGCGUGUCUGUUCAGAGCCGUGGCUGACCAGGUCUACGGGGAUCAGGACAUGCACGAAGUGGUCAGGAAACACUGUAUGGACUACCUGAUGAAGAACGCUGACUACUUCUCCAACUACGUGACGGAGGACUUCACCACAUACAUCAACAGGAAGAGGAAAAACAAUUGCCACGGCAACCACAUCGAGAUGCAGGCGAUGGCUGAGAUGUACAACAGACCAGUGGAGGUGUACCAGUACAGCACAGAGCCAAUCAACACGUUCCACGGCAUCCACCAGAACAACGACGAGCCAAUCAGAGUGAGCUACCACCGCAACAUCCACUACAACUCGGUGGUGAACCCCAACAAGGCCACCAUCGGGGUCGGACUGGGACUGCCCGCCUUCAAACCCGGGUACGCCGAGCAGACGCUGAUGAAGUCGGCCAUCAAGACGUCGGAGGAGUCGUGGAUCGAGCAGCAGAUGUUGGAGGACAAGAAGAGAGCGACGGACUGGGAGGCCACCAACGAGGCCAUUGAGGAGCAGGUGGCCCGGGAGUCCUACCUGCAGUGGCUCCAGGACCAGGAGAAGCAGGCCCGACAGCCCCGUAAGGCCAGCGCCACCUGCAGCUCGGCGACAGCGGCGGCCUCCAGCGGACCAGACGACUGGAGCGCCCGGUCGCCGCGGCAACGCGACUCCGACCCCUCCCACUCCCACUCCCACGCCGACCUCCCACCCGCCCCGUCGACCCACAACAAGCCCCCCCCCGCCGGAGCCGCCCUCAUCCUGAGCAAACCCCCCCCCUGCGCGCCAGGUCCCAGUAAUCAGAGUCGUCAUCAUUUGGAGUACAGAGCCAUCAUGCAGGAGAUGUCACCUACAGCGUUUGGUCUGACGGACUGGGAGGACGAUGAGAUCCUGGCGUCGGUGCUGGCCGUCUCUCAGCAGGAGUACCUGGACAGCAUGAAACAUCAGAGCUCCGCCUCCAUGCAUCGAGAGAGAGAGCCGUCACCUGACAGCAGCUGAUAGCCGGCCCACACACACACACACACACACACACACACACAACGAUGACCUUUGACCUCCCCUCCUCACCCUCCCCCCCCUCACCUCUGACCCUCAGAAGGAGAUUGACCAGGGAAAAAAAUAAAACAUCCAACACAGAAAUGCACACUAGUUUUUUUCUUUUCAACUCACCCGUUCAUCACUCGUCUCCUCGUUACCUUCCCUCCUUUCCUCUUUCUCGUGUCCUUCCAGCCAAUAGUGAUCCAGCAUUACUUUCGUUUCCUGGUUACAACCCAGAUGGAGCUUUAUCUUGAUGCCGAUUUGGGAUCAGUUGUGAUUUAAGAUUUUAUUUUGAAAUCCACAGACACCAGUUUUAAAUUUUAAAAUCUUUGUUUUCGUUCAACAGUUAUUUGGUUCCUAGCAGGCUGUUAGCUCUGCAGCUAUCAGGACCAUUGGUUUCAAUGAGGAAUGCUAGUCAGAAAUGAAAAGACGUCCAGUACUUAGCGAGCUAUCACCUCAAGUCUUACUAUGUUUUUAAGCUAGCUCCUGCUAACAGCGCUAACUGGUUAGCUUAGCUAACCUCGUAGCUCCCAAUGGCGGCCAUUUUGUGUCAAGCAGCACACUUUCACUUUACAUCGUCAUCCAGGAAAUAAAAUCCAGUCAGCUCUGACGUCAUGGUCAGUAACACCUCCUCUCUCUCCUUGUUGUCCUUCUCCUCCUCAUCAUCCUCCUCCUCCUCCUCCACACCACCACCAUCAUCAUCAUCAUCAUCGGACUUAUUUAGCUGCAUGUUUAAUCGACCACGACCAAUAUCAUCAUAGAGAAAAAGCGACAAAAAAAAAAAAAAAAAAAAAAGGAGAUAAAAAAUGUGAGAGUUGUCAUACUUAUCCUCUUAAUGAUUGAUUAUUAUUGUUGUUAUUAAUAAUAUAAGUUUGUUUUAUUUUAUUUUAUCGUUUGGGAUGAAAAUACCUUUUUUUUUCUUGGAAU